AUGGAAGAAAUGGACAUAAGUUUACCUUUUAAAAGACUAUUUGAUGCCCUAAAAAUUGAAUCUUGUUCAGAAGAUUUAGAAACAAACGACAUUCGUGUAGUAGCAGCAAUUGAUUUCGGUACUACUUACUCGGGCUAUGCUUAUGCCCAUUUAAAAAGUAAUCCUUUAGAUAUAGUCACCUGUGUUGAUUGGUCAGACUAUGAUGGCAUGAUAAAGCAACCGACAGUUCUUAUGUAUGAUGAGUCUUUUAAAGUUAUAAAUUGGGGUUAUCCCGCAUUGAUUAAUCUAGAUCCAAAAGAUCAAAAUAAUAUGAAACCAGUUGAAUUAUUUAAACUAUAUCUGGGUAACAUUGAUAAGGAAAAAAUGCCUUAUCUCCCAUCCGGAAUCGAUUAUGAGAAAGCUAUAACAGACUAUUUACGCUGUAUAGGUGAAUCACUUAAAGAUCGAUUAAAAAAUACAUGGCAACAAUUUGAUUAUUUUAAAAAUGUUCGUCUAGUUAUGACAGUUCCUGUCGAAUUCGAUAAUGAUGCUAUAUCUACUAUGCGUAAAUGCGCAUAUGAAGCAGGUUUAACGAAACAAAAACAUAAUUCUAAUGGAUCUAACUUGUUAUUUGUACAUGAACCCGAAGCUGCAGCGGUUCAUUGCUUUAAGACUGACGAGUAUGAUUUGUCCGUUGGGGAUACUUUCAUGGUAGUAGAUUCUGGAGGUGGUACCGUCGAUAUAACUACAAUGAAGUUAUUAGAAGGUGGCAAAUUAAGUGAAAAAAUAGAGAGUAAAGGAGAUUAUUGUGGCGGAAGCUAUGUGGAUAAAGAGUUUCUAAAAUUUUUAGGUCAAAAAAUUGGUGAUUCAACAAUCGAAAUUUUAAAGGAAUCUCAUUACCGUCGGAUGCAGAAUAUUCUUCACAAAUUCCGUAAAAGAGUCAAACAUCGGUUUACAGGAAAGCCUGAUGAUUUUACCGAAUUUGAAUUAGAUUUAGAAGCCCUAUGUUCAGUUAUAAAGCAAUACGUGAAAGGUACCAUAAAAGACGAAUUGGAAUCAUCCAUGUGGGUCAUUACUAUAAAAUAUGAAGAUGUGAAAAAGAUGUUUGAUCCCGUUAUCGAUAAAAUUAUCAAGUUAAUUCAUGGUCGACUUGAAACUCUUAAUUGUCAUUGUACAACUAUGUUAUUAGUCGGAGGAUUUAGUGAAUCAAAAUAUUUGGUAUCUAGGAUCAGAGCUGAAUUUAAAAAUAUUGUUCCCAAUAUCUCUGUUCCUUCUAAUCCUAUGCUUGCCGUUGUUAAAGGUGCUGUUCGAUAUGGAUCUUCGCAAAAGAUUAUUGUAGAUCGUAUUUUGAAAUGGACUUAUGGAACCGAUAUUGUAAGAAAAUGGAUGCCUGACGACCCUUUAGAUCGAAAAAUUGAUGAACAUAUUAAAAUUUUCAGUCGAUUGGCAAAAAGAGGACACAGAGUAAAGGUGGGCGAAAAGGUUAUUAAAAUUUUUUCAACAACACACGUAUUUCAACAUAUGAUGGGUUUGGAUAUAUAUGUUACACGUGAAGAAGAUGCAGAGUAUUGCGAUAGCCCAGGUGUAAAUUUACUUGAUCAAUUCAAUAUUAAAGUACCUAUUAACGGUGUUGAGAAGCGUCCAAUCCUCUACGUUAUGAAAUUUGGUAUGGUGGAAAUUCAGAUCACUGCAAUCAAUACUGAUAAUGGAAUGAAAUACGAAAGA